AUGGACUCCGUCGGCCUGAGCCUGGCCGAGCAUAAAACGGAGGCCGUGUUGAUCACAAGCAGAAAGGUGUUGGAGACAAUCACGCUGCGAGUCGGGGAUUAUGAGCUCAUAUCCCAGCCGUAUAUUCGGUACUUGGGAGUGAUGAUUGAUGCCCGACUCAGUUUUAAGCAGCAAGUGGAACACAUCACAACUAAGGCGUCAGAGGUUCGAGCAGCUUUGUCUCGCCUCAUGCCCAACAUUGGACGUCCCAAGCAGAGGAGGCGAGCAUCACUGUCAUCGGUGAUUACGUCAGUACUCACCUACGGCAUUGCUGUAUGGGCGGAGGCCCUUCAAUUACAGCAGAAUCAGCGCAAAAUGGGGCCUGUCUACCGACUCAGUGCCCUUAGAGUCGCCAGCGCAUUUCGCACCGUGUCCAACGAUGCCGUGUUAUGUUAUGGCCGGAAUGAUGCCAAUUGA